AUGCAACUAACAAUGGCUUCACAAACUCUCGUCUCACCUUCACCGCUCUCUUCUCACUCUCUUCUCCGAACAUCUUUCUCCGGCGUCUCCGUCAAGCUCGCUCCUCAAUUCUCAACCCUUACAACUUCCAAUUUCAAACCUCUCACCGUCGUUGCUGCCGCCAAGAAAGCCGUCGCUGUCCUUAAGGGAACCUCCGCUGUUGAAGGUGUUGUCACUCUCACUCAAGACGAUGGAGGUCCAACAACAGUUAAUGUUCGCAUCACUGGCCUUACUCCAGGGCUUCAUGGUUUUCAUCUACAUGAGUAUGGUGAUACCACAAAUGGGUGUAUCUCAACAGGACCACAUUUUAAUCCCAACAAGUUGACACAUGGUGCUCCUGAAGAUGAAACCCGUCAUGCGGGUGACCUGGGAAACAUAGUUGCUAAUGCAGAAGGAGUUGCAGAAGCAACAAUCGUGGACAAUCAGAUACCACUCACUGGCCCCAAUUCAGUUGUUGGGAGAGCCUUAGUGGUUCAUGAGCUUGAAGAUGAUCUUGGAAAGGGUGGACAUGAACUUAGUUUGAGCACUGGAAAUGCUGGUGGAAGAUUAGCAUGUGGUGUGGUUGGCUUGACUCCAGUAAAUUAA